AUGCAGGUUUCACCUGCCUUUUGUACUUGGGCGGUGGUGGGGAAAGGGUCUGAAAAGACCGCUGCUGCUUUCUGGACCUCUGGAUACUUCAUUUACUACUUCGCGAAAGCGACCUUGCUUUUUCGAAAAGAGGAAGAUGUUGUGUCGCAUUCGUCAUUUAUCGACAGGAUCAAUGAAGUGAACCCUUCAUUGAACUGUGUGGUGGCCCAUCGAUUCGAGGAAGCUAAGAAAGAGGCACGGAAAGUCGACGAACUCAUCGAAUCCGGGCUUGUACCUGAAGAAAAGCUUGCCAAAGACAAACCCUUCUUAGGAGUUCCAUUUUCCACGAAAGACUGCAUUCCAAUCAAAGGCCUCAUCCACUCGUCCGGCCUAGUGAAACGCAAACACCUCAUCGCCUCCGAAGACGCUAAAGUAGUGGCGAGUCUGCGCGAAGCCGGCGCCAUCCCAUUAGCGCUCACCAACGUGUCGGAGCUGUGCAUGUGGUGGGAGAGCGCCAACAAUGUGCACGGCAGGACGAACAACCCUCCGAAAACCAAUUUGUACAAUCAGUUAGCGUUCAUGACACCCACUCCUUCAGAUUUGACAGCUGUGCGCAUUGAAGAACCUCAAUUCAACAAUACUGAAAUAGGGCCACCGAGUUUUAUAACAAACGAAGAAACCUAUGAAUCCAGAAAUGAUGAAGGAGAAUUCCCAGAUAAAACAAGAGAAGGAAUCGGAUCUGACAUUGGUGGCUCUAUCCGCAUGCCUUCCUUCUUCAAUGGAGUCUUUGGCCACAAACCGUCACCAGGAGUAGUGCCCAACCAUGGUCAGUACCCUGAACCACUCACAGAAGAACAGGCUCGGUUUUUGGGCCUGGGACCGAUUUGCAGACGGGCUGAGGAUUUGUUGCCCAUCAUGAAAGUUAUCGUUGAUGUUAAAAAAUUAAGAUGGUUUUAUCAAGAUACAGACAGCGGUUCAAUCUUCAUUUCGCCAGUUUCUGGAGAGAUUAGAGAAUUAUUCACCAAAAUUUCGAAGCAUUUGGAAAAGGCCUAUACAAUGAAGAUGACAAAGGUUAAUUACAAGAAAUUCUCAAAGAGCGCCCCAAUGUGGCUUGCCAACAUGAAAUCUCCAUGUGGACCCACGUUUCAAGAGCAACUAGCCAACCUCAACGGCUCAAUAAAUCCAUGGUGGGAAUUAGUCAAGUGGGUCCUCAGACUUUCAGAACACACAUUCAUCGGUAUUGUAACCUGCUUUGCGGAAAACUGGGGAACACAAUACGGAGACGAAAAAUACAAGUACCUCGUCGAGCAAAGGGAUGCUCUGAGAAGGGAGCUCACAGACUUGCUAGGAGAUGACGGGGUAUUCUUGUAUCCUACCCAUCCCACUAGCGCUCCAUACCACAACGAACCACUGGUGAAACCCUUCAACUUCAGUUACACGGCAGUGAUCAACGUCUUGGGCUUUCCCUCCACCCACUGUCCCAUGGGGCUGGAUAAAAAAGGGCUACCGAUAGGAGUGCAAGUUGUGGCGGCAGACGGUAAUGAUAGGUUAUGUUUGGCCGUGGCCAGGGAAAUUGAGAGGGCUUUCGGUGGUUGGGUGCCGCCAACUAUUGAAGCCUGAAGGAGAAUUAUUGUUUUUUAUAUAAAAUGCAUUCUCAGGUCAUAUUGAGAUUUCAGGCAUGUUUUUCUAGUGACGUGUUUUUUCCAUCGCGAAUACGCCGACGUUAUCACGCAUAUUGCGCUGUAUCUAAAAUGUUUACCAACAACAACAUGAUAGAUGAGUUUCCAUUGAAGAUUAACCAACAAGAAAGAACUCUUCUCUAUUGGGACAUGAAUUCAGGGUGGCCCAACGAAAACUUUACACCCCGACUUCAGGGCUUUAAAAUGGAAUUCCGGAAAAAUGCUCGACGAUUUCUGAUUCGUAACUUCAACCCCCUACCAGGGGAAGAACAACCCCCUGAUUUGGAAUGGGGAUGAGGAGGUACUCGAUACCUCAUUUUGAAGUAUCGAGUACUAUCCGACCCUCUAAUUUCGCGUCAAAAUUUUCAUCGAUAACGAAAUGAGAGAUAAGAUAGUGAAAGAGGCACUGUCUAAUU